AAGCAGCUCAGGAGUCGAUGAGGAAGCCCCUUAUUCUUCAUCUCUCAGCCCUCCUCUCCCUUGCCACAUCCUUCUUACGCGUAAACCCGUAUCAGACGUUUGACCAUAAUGAAGCUCUCGAUGCCGACUUUCUACCGCGACCAGUGGGAAUGGCUCCCCCCGGUCGUCCGUGCUGAUCUAUCUAACCAGACUGUCGUCGUCAUCGGCGCCAACACCGGUAUCGGUCUCGAGGCUUCGAUACAUUUUGCCACCAUGAAGCCCAAACGCCUGAUCAUCGCGUGCAGAAGCGAGGGUAAAGGGAAAGAAGCUGUUCAAGAGAUUACCAAAAGGACGGGUUACGGGAGUACCGAAUUGUGGCUCAUCGACCUGUCGUCGUUUGCAUCCGUGAAGGCGUUCGCGGACCGGUUUGAGCGCGAGGGAGGCCCGCUUGAUAUCCUAGUCAUGAACGCGGCUGUCUUGCCAGUGAAGUACGAAAAGUCCGAGGACGGGUGGGAGAACGCUCUGCAAGUAAACAACCUGUCGACGUCACUCCUCUCCCUCCUUCUCCUCCCUCGCAUGGCGGAAGCAGGCAAGAAGAGCGGCAAAGCAUCGCGCCUCGCCAUCGUCUCGAGUGAUGUACACUAUUGGGCCACCAUUCCUUCUGCUGUUCAGGAAGCUGCAGAACCGCUCAAGCUACUAGGCAGCGAAGAGUACUGUACCGCGACACCACAGAGUAUACGGCCUCGGUAUUUCGAGACCAAACUCCUAAACGUCCUCUUCACCCGCGCCCUCUCCGACCACCUCCGUCCGCUCCCCACUGUGCCCGUGACGCCUGUAGCAAUCAAUCCCGCCUACUGCUGGUCACAGCUCCGUCGCGACCUCAAGCUCGACUGGGGUACAUGGGCGUUCGAAUGGGCGCUCGCACGGCCGUCGGAGCACGGUGCGCGCCAGCUCGUCUUUGGCGCGCUAGGAAAUCGCGACAAGGAGGGCAUGAUGCGGGGUGCGUUCGUGAGCAAGGGCACAACGCAGGAGGUUGCCGAUUGGGUGCUCAGCGACGAGGGUGUGAGGAUGCAGGAGCGGAUAUGGGAGGAGACGAUCGAGAUCCUGAAGGAGGUGGAUGGAAGGGUGGAUGGGAUUGUGAAGGAGUAUACGAUGGCUUAGGCGAUGCCUCAAUCGCUACCUUCCAUUUCCUUUAUUCAGUGUCGGUUCUUGUGCCCGGAUUGUUUAUGCAUCAAUGCUCACCAUGUUCUUUGUUUCGAUCGCAGAUUGACAAGCUCGAGGUCAGAGCAAUGUAACAUUGAAGUCAAAUAUUACCUAUUUUUGAAAGGGACCACUUUCGUGCGCUAACUGCGAACGCGCGAACACUCACCUAUGCAGUGGUAUAAACUGUCAUUCUUUGCAUCGAGACACGCUGUAUAGCGCUCUGGUGUGCCUCACCUAGUCAACAUCGCCGCGUAUUCCUCAUUAUAUGGGAAAGGUUUGUCCACCGAACUUCAUUUGUGUUCCAGUGCAUCUCCCAGCCAGACUUUAUCUCGUCUUAAAGCUACGCGAAAGUGACAGGCAAAGCGAGUUCUCAUCAGAAACUCGUCAUCACCUAGUCUUGCAUAUACAGCCAAAACCUGCUAUGGACACAGCCGUUUCAUGCCCCUGGAUCUAUCAUGCCAACGGGUGGAUGUCCGCACCAGAAGUAGGAAAGACCCGACAUCAGAAAGCUGGUGAUGAAUGCCUUUCCUUUGCUACUGAGGCGGCUAGCUUCACGUUGACAUUUCCGAGAUGGUCCGCGUUGGUGGACCCUUGUCCCUAUAUUCGGUUACGCUGCGGUCAUGGCUGUGAGGUGCAAUCAAAAGUUCUUGUGGAGUCGUUCUUUGCGCACUCGCUCCGAGUCCCGUCAGAACAUUCUGAGCGCUUUUAGGUGUCUAUCCUGCCAAAACAGUUCCCUGUUCCCGAUCAUUGAUCUUUAGGUGGGCAAACUCCUAUUGACCCUACGGUAUUCUGGGGGAAAGAGACACCAGGCUCAGUCAAAUCUUUACAGGGAUUCACGUAAGGUAUCCAAAAGACACCGUACACUGCCCUGAGCUUAUCUUGACAAUAGGCAGACAUUCAAAUAUUCAGGCGUUGCUAUGUACCAGAGGUGAUCGUACACGUAUCCGGACGCCGACUACACCCGGAAGCUUCAUCAAGUCGCUCUGGGUUCAACUUGAUACCCCAAUCCGUGUCACUGAUUAUCUAUAAAGACGGUGCCCUAUCGACUUCAUUGAGUAGACAAGAUCGUUUGGAAACUCGUUCAUUACCG